AAAGGCAAACCAGCUGGCACUGGCAAAAAACAAAAGCUGAAAAAACAAAAGGUAUUUUGAAAAAAAUGGCGAGAGGAGUGGGUGCGCGAGGGUUUCCGAUUUUCUAGAGAGAGAGAGAGAGAAUAUUGGAUUGGAGAGAGAGAGAAGCCGAGGGAGGUGCGGCUGGAGAAGAAUCCCGAAAAGGAUGGGUCAGAUCGUGAAGCGGAGGAGGAAAGGAAGGCCACCGAAGGUAGAUCUUGCUGCUAGGGAGCAUCGUGAACCUGACUCCGACCUCCGACGAAGCCUCCGCCGCCGGAAUGUGAAGUACGUCUUCGACCUCGACGACUACUUCGACGAGGACGAGUUCUUCGCCGAUGAUGAUGAGGAGCGGCGCCGAAGAGAGAAGAAGCUCAAGCACUUGCUCAGCGCCGGGGAGGCGGCCGAGUCAACUCCUCGGAAGGCUGGAAGGCCUCGGCGCGUGGACCACGCGCCGGCCACUUCGGCAUCUUCGUCCGACGGCGGGAAGCCGUGUAAAAAGCGGAAAAUCGAUGAAUACGUUUACGAGGAUAUGGACUGCGAAAAUGAAGAUGGUAAUGGCGGAGAAAAUUCUAUUGACGAAGAUGACGAAGAGGUUAGAGAAGGAAAGCCAGAACACAGGGUUGAAGAUUCAUCUCCAGGGACCCUACUGGCCGAGUCCGAGGUUGAGGCUCCAGCAGGGCUACCGCUGCCAGAUGAGAAGGCUUUGGAGUUGAUCUUGGAUAAACUUCAGAAGAAAGAUAUUUAUGGCGUAUAUGCAGAACCGGUUGAUCCCGAAGAGCUUCCGGAUUAUCAUGAUGUGAUUGAGCAUCCAAUGGACUUUGCCACGGUGAGGAACAAGCUGAGAAAUGGGUUGUAUGUAACCUUUGAACAGUUUGAGAGUGAUGUUUUCCUUAUUUGCUCAAAUGCAAUGCAAUACAAUUCGUCGGACACCAUAUACCAUAAGCAGGCCCGAGCAAUUCAAGAGUUGGCAAAAAAGAAAUUUGAAAAGAUAAAGAUGAACACGGAACAAUCAGAUAGAGAGGUGAAACCUGAUCAGAGAAUGACUUCUGGUUCAAAUUUGAAGAAACAAAUUAAAAGAUCCGUGAACCGGCCACUUCAAGAACCUCUUGGCUCUGAUUUCUCAUCUGGAGCUACACUUGCAUCGACGGAUUUCCAGAAUGUUGCCAAUGCACCCCAAGCUGUUGGAUGUGAGAAACCUAGCACUACUGAAGGGCAUGCUGAGGGAAGUUCUUUCUUGAAUGGUAAUAAUAUUACCGACAAAGUGGAAGAACCUGGUCCAGGUAAGGUUCUGCUGUCUCGACUCAGUCGGAAAUCAAAUGUACUGGAUGAAAACCGUCGUGCAACGUACAACACACAACUCUCUGAGCCUGUGGCGAGCAGAGAGUCUCAAUCCUCAACUUUUGAGGGGGAAACCAAGCAGUUGGUACCUGUCGGACUUUACUCAGAUCAUUCCUACGCACGGAGCCUGUCUCGUUUUUCUGCUACUCUUGGAUCUUUUGUCUGGAGUUUUGCUUCCAAGAGGAUUGAACAAGCAUUGCCUCAGGGAUACAAAUUUGGCCGGGGGUGGGUGGGAGAAUACGAGCCUCUUCCAACUCCUGUAGUGUUUCUGGAAAACUGCAACAUAACAGAACCUCCUUUUUUGGCAAAACAACAGCCCGUUAGUGAUUAUGGAAAUUUUUCCAAGAGCGCGAGGAAUUCCGACUCUUCCAGAGAGUUUUCUGGUAAUGGAGCUUUUCAGGAACAAAGUUUGCCAUUUCUUAGUUCUAGUGGCAUCAGGCCAUCUUCAACUUCAGUAAUCCCUGCCCAGCAAAUCAGAGGAAACACUACAGAAAUGAAGCCACCGUUCUUUUUGGCAUCCGGGGCUAAACCCGAUGCUUCUCCUAGUCAGAGUCACCAGCAUCAAAAUUUCAGGGGAAGGGAAUCUAUCGAUUCUGAAAAGAAGUCUAUAAAGCAGGUUGAGUUAAAUGGUCCUCCACCUUCGUCGAACAUGAAUGCUGCUAAACGGCUCGGAAAGCCGAUUACAAAGAGGAUGGAAUUGGACUCCUCCAGGCCUUCAGAGUUCCCGUCUACCAACAAAUUUUCGAUGUCUGGAUCAUUUAAACAACCGGAUGGUAAUGGAAUUGUUUUUGGAGGAUUACAAGAAGGAAAACUCAUUGCUAAUAGAGUGGAUGGUAACACAGCGGCAAAUUCAUCCUCCGAUUUGGUUAAACCGACUAGCUAUUAUCCCCACGAACAGGGUCGGGUUCAGGGUCCAGGUCAGGGUCAGGGUCGCAGCAAUCCAGUCCAGUUGAAGCAGAUGCCGGGAGAAAUUGCUCGAAGUCAGCAGAGUGCUCCUCAUGUUAUACCUUCUGCUCCUUCCUCGAUUGGCAAUAAUUCAAAUAAUGCUUCUUUAGCAGCUGCGCGAGCAUGGAUGUCUGUCGGGGCAGGAGGGCUGAGACCAGCUGCUGAAAAUGCGAAUAUUAACAAGAACCAGGUAUACGUUGAUCCACCUUACCACACAUCCCGUGACAUGGCAUCACAAGUGUCUUUGCAGUCUAGAGGAGAGUUCCCGCCAGGAAUCUAUGUUCAGACAGACAAGAAUAGUUCCCAAGCUCGAGCAUUCGGACAUCAAGGGCCGAUACCUAUUAUGCCAAGCAAUCAAAUGCCUUUUCAGAAUCAAUGUAUGGUUUAUCCGCAGUUGGCGACCACCGCUGAUCUGUCGAGGUUCCAGCUGCAAUCGAAUUGGGGGAAUCUUACUCCGCAAAUGGUUUCAAGACAGAAGCAAGAAUCCCUCCCGCCCGACUUGAACAUUGGUUUCCAGUCUUCAGGGUCCCCCGGGAGACAAUCUUCCACCGUCCUGGUCGACUCACAGCAGCCCGACUUGGCUCUACAACUCUGAAACUUAGCGGAGUAUUUAUGAAAUUCUACGAGAAGUACGACUGCCGACAGCUCGUGAAAGGGUGAAAUAUUCAUGAAGCAACACUAAGUCGGGGCAGCCGCUUCAUCUAAUCGUAAAGCUGACCCGUUCGUUCGUUCUAUGAAUUAUUCAGGUUAUUCGCUUGGCGCCGAAGAUAGGCGAAACUGAUGCAGCAACGGCGCGACCUUGCAGUGCAAUGUAUGUUCAUUUCGAUGAGAGCUGUAAAUUGGUGAGAGGUAACCGAGAUUUGCUCUUCCUUAACUAUUUCCGGUGUCGAUUGUUCGAUCCUCUUUUUAAAUCCUUUCCUAUGCUGCUUUCGCUCGUUAUUAUGAAUGGCUGGUGAUGCUCUGCCUGUAUUGAUUUUGUUCUCCCCCAUUUUAGGACAUAAGAUAAGAGGUUUAAGGGAAGAAGAACAAUAUGUUAUUAGAUAGAUGAUGAGGAUGAUAUUGAUCUGAGGGUAAUAAUAAUUCGAUUGAUUAUGGGGAAGGAAUGAAUGUUUUGUAAAGUAUUUUAGAUGCCUGCACGCAUGCAUGUUCUCCAGAUA